UUUAGAGUUACUUAUGAAAUCUGCAAACAUUUUCAUGAUUUAUGAGGGCACUAUGUUAAUCAUUAACUCCGAGACAAUGUAUGCCUCAUUCGGUGAGUGAAUAGCCUACUUGAAUUUAAGUGUAGUUGUAGUUACACAUGUUUGGGAUAUCUCUACGAUAAAAGGAAAUCUUGCACCCACUUCUGCAAGAUGUCUGAUAUGUACUCAUUAGAUAGUAGCACUGGACUAAGCAGUAAUAAGUCAUCAAAGAGACCGUUGAUAAUAGCAACAGUUGUAGCAGCAGUUGUUGGAAUAGCCAUAGGCGUCCUGAUUGGUUACUUUUCCCGCACUGUUCCAGCAGCCGAAAGAAUUACAAAUCCGGACUAUGAACGACUUAUUAAAGAAGCUGAUCCGGGUAUUACGCAAUUUCUUAUUGAUGAGAUCAGCAAUGUGAACAUCGAGAACAACCUGAGAUACCUUACUCUGAAGCCACAUUUAGCAGGAACGCCGGAAGAUUUUGAAUUGGCCAAUUAUCUGAAGAAAGAGUGGCUAAAAAAUGGUAUUGAAGAGGUGGAUACCGUCCCGUAUGAUAUUUUGUUGGACUACCCAGGAAACGUUACCAUAAAUCCAAACUUGGUACAGAUAUUUUCGAAAGAUGGCGAUGAAAUUUACACGGCAAGUGUUACAGAAAAAGUUUUGGAUAAACAACAAGAAAGAUCCGAUAUUGUACCUCCAUUCCUGGCCUAUGCAAAAAAUGGAACUGUAGAAGGGGAGCUCGUGUAUGCUAAUUAUGGAUCCAUAGACGACUUUAAAAAGCUAACAGACGACUUAGGAGUUAAUGUGACUGGAAAGAUUGCCAUUGUGCGAUAUGGGAGACUAUUUCGAGGAGAUAAGGUUAAACAUGCAGCGAUGUUUGGUGCUAUCGGGUGUAUUAUAUACUCUGACCCCAAGGACUUUACAAUGCCUGGUGAGCCAGUCUUCCCAAAAUCCUGGUGGAAACCUGGUUCUGCUGUGCAGAGAGGGUCUACAAUGGAGGGUUAUGGAGACCCCUUAACACCUGCAUAUCCAGCAAAUGAAUUUGCCUACAGAAAGGAAAUUAAAGACGCAGAAGGGCUUCCUACAAUACCUGCACAUCCUAUUGGCUACGACGAUGCCAUUCAUUUCUUUGAGAGUUUCAAUGAAACCACACAAGAGGUGCCAGAAGAGUGGAAGGGAGGCAUGAAUAUAACAUACAGAUUAGGUGGUGCUAUGAAAGAUGGCAGGAAAGUCAAGUUAACAGUGCAGAAUGAACGCCAAGUGAAAAGAACUUAUAACACCAUUGGUUACAUCAAGGGAGACGUUGAACCAGAUCGUUAUGUUUUGAUUGGAAAUCACCGUGACGCAUGGGUAUUUGGAGCCAUCGACCCUACAAGUGGCACGGCAGUUCUGCUGGAACUUUCACGUGUCUUUGGAAAACUUUUGAAAGAGAGAAAUUGGCGUCCUAGAAGGACCAUAGUGUUCUGUAGUUGGGGAUCCGAAGAAUAUGGUCUUAUUGGAUCGACUGAAUGGGUUGAGGAAUAUAUCAAGAAUAUUGCCACUAGGUCUGUCGGGUAUCUCAACGUAGAUAUUGCCGCAACGUGGCAUUACAAAUUGAAAGUCUCGGCUACACCUCUAUUGUAUAAUGUAACUCAUAUAGCCACGAAAAGGGUUCCGGACCCAGAGCCAAACCUGUUCAGUAACGUUUAUGAGUCUUGGAGAACCAGGAACCCAGCUAAUUCCUCAGAUUCCGACAGUUUACCUGCAAUAGGCAAUCUAGGGGCUGGAAGUGACUAUGCACCAUUUCUUCAGCGUAUUGGAAUUCCAGCUAUAGACUUUACGUAUACGUACGACACUAAUAAAUGGAAGAUUGCGAGUUAUCCAUUGUAUCACACUGGAUACGAGAUGUUUUCAUUGGUUAAGAACUACACGGAUCCAGAAUUUAAAUGGCAUCAAUCAAUGGGAAGGAUCGCUGGCGAGACAUUGCGAAUUCUCUCAGAUACUUUGCUACUGCCUGUAGAUGUCCGCAAUUACGCUACGCAGAUUGCUACGAUGUUUGCAACUAUCAAGGCUGUUCAUAAUGAUAGGGUCGUCGCAAAGGGAUUAAAAUUUGACUACUUUGAAUCCGCUGUUAAUAACUUUACAAAGGCAACAAAUGAUUUUCAUGGAAGUUUGGCCCAAGUGAAUCUUAAAGACCCAAUAGCAGUCCGUAUGGCGAAUGAUAAGAUGAUGAUGUUAGAAAGAGCUUUCAUUGAUCCUCUUGGGUUACCAAGAAGACCAUUAUAUAGGCAUGUUGUAUAUGCACCUAGUGUUCGAGAUUCUUACACGGGGGCUGGAUUUCCCGGACUCACUGACGCACUAUAUGAUAUUGAUUCCCUAGCUGGAGAUGAAUCCACCGAAAGAUGGAUAGAAGUUGAACAACAGUUGGCCGUUACUGCUUUUACUAUACAAUCUGCAGCGACAACAUUAAUGGGACAUGUGAAACUAUUUCAUUGAAGAAUGAGCGUUUAUUGUGCGUCCAUUAUCUUAAAGUUUCUUGGCGACUGUGUUUAUUUGUGUUUAUAUUACAUUUAUAUGUAAUGUCUAUGAACACUACUGGACUUGGUUGAAUUUCAUUCUGCACUGUGCACAUGAAUAUUCCAUGACUGUACGUUAUGAGCUUUGUAAAUUAUAUGACUAUUUUUCUUAUUAAAAUAUAUGUAGAUAAUGCUUCUCCA